AUUGUUAAUGGCUAUUUUACAUGGUCAAAAAUUAGAUAAAGAAAGAUUUACUACCAUUUAUGUUCACCGAAUAUAAUAUACCAAAUAAAAGACGUGAUAAUAAACAUAAUGCUAAGAAGUUGACAAAGGUAGUCCCUACCAAACAUAAACAAAAUAAACAUACAGGUUCUAAUAAGAAAACUAAAACAAAUAUUAUUGAAAUUAAAGAGGAUGAUAAAGAGAAUAUAUAUAUGAUUUUUAGCAGAAAGAUUAAAACAAAAAAUGAUACUGAAGAGGAUAAUAAAGAAAGUGAAUUAACUUUAAAAUUUACUUUAAGGGAAUGCAAACUUAUUUUAAGAAAAAAAGAAGUAAAAAUUUGUGAAAUGGAAUUAUCACUUGCCAAAAAAGAACAUGUGUUAAAUUCUAUUAAAUAG